AUGUCUAAACUCUGCAUAACUGUCUCUUCAGUGCCAAUGUUUUCGAGCAGUUUAAAGAGGAUCGAGAGGCCGGUGUCGGCCACGUUGCGCAUCGUGUGCUUAAAGGCCCAUAUGAUUGAGUCCAACACUAAUUUGAAUUGUGUGGGAGGGAUGUUGAGGAGGGCUUGGAAGCAAUGGGUCACCACUUGUUGCAACAGAAGGAAAAAAUUGUUGAGAGCACUUCUGGUUCUCGAGCUGAAGGCACAGAACAUCUUUGAUAAUCGAGAAGAACCGCAUCCAGAUCUGUCGAUCGCGAGACCCAACCGUUUUGGUGCGAGUCUUGGAUACGAGACAUUUUACGCCAGUUUUUUCCCGCUUUGGUUCUGGAAUAUAGACAGCGCUGUCGGAAGACGUCUUGUCCUCGUUUGGGUGAUUGUCAUGUAUUUCGGACAGGCGUUGAAGGAUGUGAUCCAAUGGCCGCGACCUCACUCUCCGCCGGUCGUAGUCCUCGAACCCGAAUAUGCGGUCGAAUACGGAAUGCCUUCCACUCACGCUAUGGUCGGAUCCGCUCUUCCCGUCUCUCUCGUCAUCUUUACGUUAAACAGAUAUGAAUAUUCAUUAUGGGUUGGAAUUGUGUUCGCAAUCUUCUGGUGUGUAUUGGUUUGCGGAAGUCGUCUGUAUUUAGGAAUGCAUUCCGUUAUUGACAUUAUAGCGGGUCUACUAUUAACAGCAUUUUUGAUGAUAAUAAUCAUUCCAUUGGUUGACGCCAUCGAUCAGUUCCAUCUGACGAGUCCUUAUUCGCCAUUUAUAACAAUUCCGUUGAUUGUAUUCUUGGCCACAGUAUACCCAAAGUCUGAUCGUUGGUCUCCCGCACGCGGCGAUACAUGCAUUAUAAUGGGUGCCGGUUCUGGCAUUCUGUUG